AUGAUGCCUUUAGCAAAAGAGUCAAAAAAAAACCUUAAAAAAUAGUUGCACUUGGGAAAGAGUCAAAAUAUUUUUCUCAUGUAUUUUAUAUAUUGGUUUAGUCUGUCUUUCUGGUGUAGGAUCUCAGCCUACAAGGAAGGGUUCAAUAAUAAAAAUUCGCUGUCUAGGUUUGGAGUCAUGAAGGCCUUUAAAAGUGGGUAUUCUUGAUACCCAUGCAUAGCCUUGGGUAGCUAAAUAUCACCUUUGAUAAAUUGGAAGACACACGACACACUAGUUUUAGCCUAAUACUAUAAUCGUAAUUAUUGGUUUAGAAUCAAAAUAGAGUUGAGCCUAUAUUCAAAGCAAAUAUAAUUUUGAAAAACUUUGAUAAAAAUACAACUAUAUUUUCAAAGAAAGGAUUAAUAAUAAAGAGAUAUGCUCGUGGCUCGCUUAAAUGA